AUGCCACGUCCGCACUCCCGGCACAUAGAGGCCGUCAACGGCCGCAUCGAUGAUCUCGCCAGCCAGGACGACGACAACACUCAGUCGCAAGAGCUGAUCGACCACAAGGCGAUCGAGAAGGCCGUGUCGCAGCAGAAGCAACAGGUAGGCAAUGCUGCGUCCGACGUUCACGUCCUUUUCAUCCUUGCUCUCUCUCUCUCUGUCCGUUAGACAUUCCCGGCUCACCGAUCCCUCAUCCAGAUGAAAUCGAAGCGCCAGAAGCGCGAGAAGGAGAUUGAAGGCACUCGCAAUGAGCGCGUCGACAGCAUCGAAAAGCAGCUCCAGGACCAUCGCAGCAAGCACGAGAAGAAGAUGUGAGUCGUCCUCUGAACUUUCGCGGGGCUGUUUUGCUGACGUUCGUCCUGCUGUAGUCGCAAGGAGAGGAGAGCAUUAACCAAGCGGGUGCGGGAGCUGCAGGAGAAGUUGCGCCAGGCACAAGCUAAGUGGAAGGCUCAGCAUGGCGAGGCCGACCAGGCCUUCAACUCGACAAUGGGUCAAUUGCAAGCUGGUGUCCAGAGAGCCGCCCGAAACGCCUCCGACUGA